UCUUCGGCCCCCCUAUACAGUCCGGAGGCUGAGACACAAGUUAUCUGGGAGGCUGCGGAAGGGCCGGCGAUCUUUCCCCAUCUUUUCUGCGUGGAGCUCACUCCCCUUCAUCCGUCCUGUAUGGUGGAUAUUAUCUUCAGCUCUUCUUUCUUGGGUGAUAUGGGGGAUCAUUCCAAAAAGAAGUCAGGAUUCGCGAUGUGUGUAGGAUGUGGAAGCCAGAUCCAUGACCAGUACAUACUACGAGUUUCCCCCGACCUGGAAUGGCAUGCUGCCUGCCUGAAGUGCGCGGAGUGCAGCCAGUACCUGGAUGAGACCUGCACUUGUUUCGUUCGGGACGGGAAAACUUAUUGCAAAAGAGAUUAUGUAAGGCUGUUUGGAAUAAAAUGCGCCAAAUGCAACCUGGGCUUCAGCAGCAGCGACUUGGUGAUGAGAGCCCGGGAUAAUGUGUACCACAUCGAGUGCUUUCGGUGCUCGGUGUGCAGCAGGCAGCUGCUGCCGGGCGAUGAGUUCUCCCUCCGGGAAGAGGAGCUGCUGUGCCGGGCGGACCACAGCCUGCUGAUGGAGAGAAGCUCUGCUGGAAGCCCCAUCAGCCCCGGACACAUCCACUCCAACAGACCACUACACCUUGCAGCAGAUCCCGUGGCGGUGCGGCAGGCUCCGCACCGGAACCACGUCCACAAGCAGUCGGAGAAGACGACGCGGGUGAGGACGGUGCUGAACGAGAAGCAGCUGCACACGCUGAGGACCUGCUAUAACGCCAACCCGAGGCCCGAUGCGCUGAUGAAGGAGCAGCUGGUUGAGAUGACCGGUCUGAGCCCCAGGGUUAUCCGGGUCUGGUUCCAGAACAAGCGCUGCAAGGACAAGAAGAAGUCCAUCCUGAUGAAGCAGCUCCAGCAGCAGCAGCACAGUGAUAAGACUGUAAGCAUCUUCAACUUGCAGGGCCUCACAGGAACGCCACUUGUGGCUGGAAGUCCUAUUCGGCAUGAGAGCACUGUGCAGGGAAACCCAGUGGAGGUUCAGACUUACCAGCCUCCUUGGAAAGCGCUAAGUGAAUUUGCACUGCAGAGUGACCUGGAUCAGCCAGCUUUUCAACAACUGGUGUCUUUCUCUGAAUCGGGUUCUCUCGGAAACUCCUCGGCCAGCGACGUGACAUCUCUGUCCUCUCAGCUACCAGAUACCCCGAACAGUAUGGUCCCCAGCCCAGUGGAGACGUGAGACCUGAUGGUGAUCUGUGACCAUUACCAACGCCACCUCCUCCUCCUGCAGGAACAAUUUGCAGCAUGAUCCUGGUCCCCCUGCACCCUCCCCACCUCCACUUCCAGCCCUGCAUGUGACCAGCUCAUCACAUCGCCUAGAAUUAUCCAGAGGAGAAUUUUUCUUUUUUGUCCAUACCCUGGAGGAGGUGGAACAAAGAGAGCACCAAAUGACUUAUUUUGUUUGUUUUUAUGUGACAAAAAACUAAGAACAAUUGAUGCAUGACUCUUCAUACGGAGAAUGAAGAUGUACAGAAGACCUCCUGGUGGAUAUAUACAACAAACCUUCAGAAAAAAAAAAAAAAAAUCAAAGGCUACCGGAUCCUUUCAAUGUUACAGCAGACAGACUAUUCUGCAUUUUCAGUGUGAUCAUAUUGUGUCUUGUUUCUUCAACAUGAACAUUUUUGAUACCUUUCUUGUGGCGUAUACUUGACUCUUUGUCUUAAGGUCAGAGCAUGAUAUUCUGCAAAAGUAUUCGUGGUGUAAAGUACUUUAUCUUGAAGGGCUGGUUGUUUGAGCUCCAAGAACAAAAACAAAAAAAGUAAAUUAUUGUUAUAUUAUUUAUUGUUAGGAAAGCGAUUCGUUAAAGGGAGUAUUAACUGAUGAAAAGAAUAAAAAAGAUGAAUAUAA